UGUAACGUGCGGUCGGCGGUCUGUUUUAAUCCCGAUAAAGACACAAAGGUGUAAAUUGGUAAUUAAAUUAUGUAACUCAAAAAAGACAACUAGCGAAUAAUGUCGUGCUUGUGAUUGAACGCGAUGCGUGCGCGUUUCUUACCCCGAGAUAUCAAGGAGGGAUAGCUGAUUUCACUGGAUUUUAAUGGUAUUUAAAAUAGUGGGUUUGGAAGAAACACACGUCUCUGUUUCCUGGCCGCGUCUUCCAGCACCAUUGGGAAACUGCACUCAAACUAGACUGGCAGUGCAUGAUGACCUGUGACGCCCCGCCCCUCUUUCCCAUGAUCCUCCGGGCCAGCAGGGAUGAUAUGGGCAGAGCCGGCAUGCGGGACUAGGCAGCAGCCAGAGGCACUGCUGUGCACAGCCGGGUGAGGAUGGAGUGUCAGAGCCGGACCGCACAGAGACAGCAGGACCGUCGGGGAGUCUCCGUUCAGCAGUGAUUAGCAGAGUCCCGCACUGACCUCCAGCUCCCGCCCCUCCGCUUAGAGGCCGAGGCUCCAGGACUCUCCUGCCUCCCUCUCUCUGCUCAGUGCAGUGUCUGGAGAUGACGACCAAGAGGAAGAUCAUGGGCCGGCUGGUGCCGUGCCGCUGUUUCCGUGGGGAGGAGGAGGUGAUCUCCGUGCUGGACUACUCCCACUGCAGCCUGCAGCAGGUGCCCAAGGAGAUCUUCAGCUUCGAGCGCACUCUGGAGGAGCUCUACCUGGACGCCAACCAGAUCGAGGAGCUGCCCAAGCAACUCUUCAGCUGCCAGGCUCUGCGGAAGCUGAGCAUGCCGGAUAACGACCUCUCCAACCUGCCCACCACCAUCUCCUGCCUCGUGAACCUGAAGGAGUUAGACGUCAGUAAAAAUGGGAUUCAGGAGUUCCCAGAUAACAUAAAGGGCUGUAAAUGUCUGUCUGUUGUGGAAGCGAGUGUCAACCCGAUCACAAAACUCCCUGAUGGGUUCACCCAGCUCCUGAACCUGACGCAACUCUUCCUGAACGAUGCCUUCCUGGAGUGUCUGCCGACCAACUUCGGAAGACUCUCCAAACUACGCAUUCUGGAGCUGCGAGAGAAUCACCUGAAGUCUCUGCCAAAGUCGUUACAUAAACUGUCACAGCUGGAGCGUCUGGACUUGGGCAGCAAUGAAUUCUCUGAGCUGCCUGAUGUCCUGGAGCAGAUCCAGCACCUAAAGGAGCUGUGGAUGGACAACAACUCCCUGCAGAGAUUACCUGGGUCCUUAGGAAAGCUGAAGCACCUGACCUACCUGGAUGUGUCCAAGAACCGGAUCGAGACCCUGGACUCGGACAUCUCCGGGUGCGAAGCCCUCGAAGACCUGCUUCUGUCAGCCAACAUGCUCCAGCAGCUGCCUGACUCCAUAGGAAUGUUGAAGAAGCUCACAACUCUGAAGGUGGAUGAAAACCAGCUCUCCUCCCUGCCUAACUCCAUUGGAAGUUUAUCUCUUUUAGAGGAGUUUGACGGCAGCUGUAACGAGCUGGAGACUCUUCCCUCCACCAUCGGAUACCUGCACAGCCUGCGCACCUUUGCAGCCGACGAGAACUUCCUGACGGAGCUGCCCAGAGAGAUAGGAAGCUGUAGGAAUGUGACGGUCAUGUCCCUGCGCUCCAAUAAGCUGGAACAGCUGCCCGACGAGAUCGGACAGAUGACCAAGCUGCGAGUCCUCAACCUGAGUGACAACAGGUUAAAGAAUUUGCCCUUUACUUUCACCAAGCUGAAGGACCUGUCUGCACUGUGGCUGUCAGACAACCAGUCCAAGGCCCUAAUCCCCCUGCAGUCGGAGGCCCAUCCUGAGACCAAGCAGAGGGUCCUGACCAACUACAUGUUCCCCCAGCAGCCCCGGCGCGACGAGGUUGACUACCAAUCAGACAGCGACAGCUUUAACCCCGCCCUGUGGGAGGAGCAACGGCAGCAGCGAAUGACUGUGGCGUUUGACUUUGAGGAGAAGGAGGAAGAUGAGAACAGUGCCGGGAAAGUGAAGGUUGAGAUAAACCUGAAGCGCUACCCCACCCCAUACCCAGAGGACCUGAAGAACAUGGUAAAAUCCAUGCAGGGCAUUGUGGGUAAGACCGGCCAUGCCCUCAGUGCUGAGAAGAUCACUGCCCGAACCAUGGAGCUGCACGGCAUGGACAAAUAUGAACACAAGUGGCAGCCCCCGACCGUCACCAAGGAGGUGACGGCAGAGGCAACGGAGAGAGAGGCCAAAGACUUCCAGAAGGCGGGGCUGGUGGACUCAGGCCCCCUGCACGCGCUGGCAAAGGAGAUGCUGAAGCGACAGGAGAAGGAGGGUUUGGCAGAGGGCUCUGAGGACUCCCGCUGUGGGUCUCCCAACGACAUCCGCAUUUCUGACAUGAGACCAAAGCUGGUGGAGCCUCCUGUCUACAAGCCAAAGGUUGUCUUACUGGGGAAAGACAAGAAAGAAUCAGCUGAGGAGUCGGACAUGGAUAAAGCGCAGUGCCUGAACACCAGCGGGUCGUCCGCCCCCUCCUCCGAAUACUCUCCCUCCCAGGCCUCCACCGGCUCCUCCAACCCGCCCGGUACCGGCCCCGCCCCACCCUCCGCCCCACAGGAGGCCACACCUGCAGCACACUGGACCAACAGGCUUGGCUCAGCCAUACCCCUGCUGUGUCAGAGGGAGACGCCGCCGCCCGGCACGCUGCAGCAGCGGGGUGAGAGACGCCCUCUCAGUGACACCUUCGACCGCUGGAACAACGCCCCGCACUACGACAACACGGCGUUCGUGGGCGAGGACGGCCCGGGCGAGCCGCCCUGCAGCGCAGCCCCCGCACACGGCCCCCGGCCUCAGAGCGCAUCGGGCCCCGCCCGGCGGCCCUUGCUCCGUCAGGACCGCAUCGUCGGCCUCCCCCUGGAGCUGGAGGACUCCCCCUACGCUGCUCGCCCCUCCCGAAACACACCCGAAGUGCCUCCCCCCCACAGCCGCUGGCACAACUGGACCAGAACCCCCAGCCCGCUGGAGGAUAGGACCGCAUUCCCGUCCAAGCUGGACCUGACCCGACCCGAACGGGGCAGCACCGAGCGUGAGGCGGGUGACAUGGGCGAGAUUCCGGGCGAGCUGCCGGGCGAGCUGCCGGGCUCCUUCCCCUCCGCUCGGGCCUGGGGCGCUCAGGACGGCCCGGAUUCGGGCACGGGGCGCGGGCUCUCCGGCACCUUCUCGCACCUGCCUGCGGGGGGCACCAUGGUGCUCAGCAAGAGCACAGAGAGACUGUCCCCCGUCCCCCGGGACGUCCGGUCCAAGUUUAAGAAAUCACAGAGUAUUGAUGAGCUGGAGGGAGGGUCCCCCACGGUGUACAGCAUCCCAUUGGACGGUGGCCGAGGGGGCAACGCCCAGGGCAGCGGGGAGCGGCCCGACCUCCCCUCCCUCCACCAGCAGAACAUUCCCCGCAGCCAGUCCGCCCCCAUGCUGGACGACGACGCCUUCGGGGUGACACAUAGCCCCCAGCAGCAGAGUGCAGGGCCCCCGCCGGGCAUCUAUCAGGGCGGCGGCCCCCAGGGGCCCGACAGGAGGGCGGCCGCCCCCUUCUCCUCUCCGGAGUGCGUGACUCAGGCGCCCCGGCCUGCCUCCAGAGGGCAGCGGGGGUACCUGCCCGGGGAGGCGGUGUUCUCACUGGCUCCGCCCCUGGGCGGUGUGGAGACAGGGGUCCCAGGGGGCGUGACGGGCGUGGCGCCGCGCUCGCGGCCAGGGCUGCUGCGGCGGGCGGACUCGCUGGUGAGCUCGGCGGAGUUGGCGGUGUUCCGGCGGGCGGUGGAGGCGCAGGAGCAGCAGCUGGCCGAGCGGUACCCGCGGCCGCUGCUCAGGACUGCCCCUGAGCACCAGAACAGCCCCGCCCCCGCUGCCACCGCCGAGCCGCACUUCUACAGGAGGAACGGCAGGUACGCCAACGAGUACCUGCCCUGCCCCGAGCCCAAGAAGCCCCCGCUGGGGUACCCCACCAAGAGCCUGCCUCAGCGCCGACCCCUGUCGGCUCGCAGCUUCAGCACGGAGGCGUACGGCGCGUCGCAGGCGCGGCCCGUCUCCGCCCGGCCCUCCAUGGCGGCGCUGCUGGAGAAGGCGCCGGCCGACCACACCCUGAGCCCCUGCCUGGAGCGCAGCCCCGAGGGCGACCUGCGCGCGCGGCCCGACAGCGCCUCCUCCAGGAUGCCCCCGGACUGGAGGCAGCAGCUGCUGCGGCACAUCGAGGCCAAGCGGCUGGACCGGAGCGCUGUCCUAAAGCACAACACGCUAAACUUGGGCACGCUGUGUUCUGGACGCUUUGCCACUCCGCAUGCCAGUGGACACAUGACAAUAAACUUACACAGUAACGCAAACCAAAGGACACUGUGGCCUGCUCUCCCCCAGGGACCUCUCCUGGAGAAGGGACAGGAGGAGGUUUCUCCCAUGAGUCAGUGGGGUUCCUGCGCUCUGGGCAGGAGAGAUGUGCCGCCUGAAAGUCUGAUGAGGAAGGCGGUCGGUCACCCCCACCCGUCCCAGGCCAUGAUGAUGACCCCCGCCUCAGCCACGCCCCCACACCGGCCACCCCAAGACCAGCCGUACGAGGGGGCCAUCAGCGAGCUGUCCUUCCAGCAGUACCCGGCCCCUCUGCCCCUGACCGCCUCCACCGCCAGUGCCCGGCCUCAGAGCGCCCGCUGCCUCAUCCAGACCAAAGGACAGAAGAGCAGGGAGGGCUACCAGGAGCAGUUCUGUGUGCGGAUAGAGAAGAGCCCUGGUCUUGGAUUCAGUAUCUCAGGGGGAAUAAGUGGGCAGGGGAACCCCUUUCGGCCGUCAGACAUGGGUAUCUUUGUCACUAGGGUACAGCCUGACGGACCGGCUUCCCACCUGCUUCAGCCUGGAGACAAAAUUCUGAAGGCCAAUGGACACAGUUUUUUAAACAUGGAACACACGACCGCUGUGGCUCUCCUGAAGAGUCUCCCGAACCCCGUGGACUUGAUGGUCUCAAGAGAGAACACAGCCUAGGUGUUUGUACCACUCCCAUAAUCCUCACACACACUGCACACCGGGACAUGUACAGAUUCUCCAACAGGUUUUUAUUAACAAACAAUAACAUUUGCCAAUUGCUGGAUCAAUGGCAAAUACUAGUGCCAAAUGUAUGAUAGCAUACAUCUUAUGUUAUUAAUGUAUAUAAAGGGAAAGUGUUUAAAUUUGAUGUGAACAUUAUUGAAAUGUAUUCUUCUCACUCAGCCUGAGGCUGGAGGUCGGUGCAAAUGUUUUUCGUUUUUUUGUUCGUGCAAUGUUACUUCAUUUUUAAGCCUUUUAUUAUUUUUAUUUUUUGUAGUAGUUUCUCAUUUAGAUUUGAAAGAAAGCACACUAGCUCUUUAGGAAUUACAGUCACCAUAAACACUGCCUCAACUUUGUAUAUGCCUUUAUAAACAUUUAAAAUAAAAAGGUUGAUAUGAAUGAAGACAGAUAUAGGGAAGAAUGUACGCUAUUUUCUUAAAUGAUUCAAUGCAAUGAAUUUAUCUAAGUCCAACAACCUUUCUUAACACAAAAUCAAAUGGAAAUUCACUUUGGAAAUACCUCCCUAAAGCUUCUGAAAUGGUUACACUACCUACUUGGUGCAGGUUGUUCACUAUGUAAUUUCAUUGCCUAGCAGAGACUCCUGUUCAGGGUAAAUUGUAGAUCAUUUUUUAUAAACCACCUAUUCACUCAUCUUGAUACUUCACUUAUGCAACUUGAGGUUAAGUUCCUAUCUAAAGGGUGCAACAUCAGUGCCCCACCAAAGCAUUCAAACCUGCGAACCCAUGGUAAUACAGCCAGCCCCCUUAGCGCUUCUCCACACUGGCCCGCUCCCUUACCACUACUCCACACUGACCCCCUCCCUUACCACUGCUCCACACUGACCCCCUCCCUUAUCACUGCUCCACAUUGACCCGCUCCCUUACCACUGCUCCGCACUGACCCCCUCCCUUACCACUGCUCCGCACUGACCCCCUAUUUGUUGUCUCCAUGGUGAGAAGGCUGUAAGCAGCCUCUACUUUGGUUGUGUUAGGAUGGAUGUGCCUGAGGUGGGGGCUUUGGUGGGGGGAAACUCUCCUCAUGCACUGUGUGAUGCAUCUGCAGAGCUGAACUAUAAGCCAGUGUCUGUCAGUCCUGAUCCCAGGAGCACUCAGCCUGCUGGGUUUACUCCAGCUGGGUUUGUCACAUAGGGCCUGAACUGAACAGCCAUCUGGAACCAACAUCUCUCCAUGGGUAUCUGCUAUAAGUCCUUUGCGGUGGAAAUGAUUGUGCAUCAUAUAAGUUUGCGAUGAAUUAGACCUGUCAAAACAAAUUUGAUGCAAAGUAAAUAGCAGUUUGUUACUGGAUCAUUAUGAAGUUUAGCUUGGUGUUCGGCCAUAAUAAUCUACAGCAUUGAACUUCAGUUUCUGCUGCCAGGACUUCAUUGUUUUAGCUACUGUAGGAGUGGCAGCUAACUAUCUGUUAGAGUAAAUAAAGAUAACAGCCACUGAACAUUCGGGACGUCUGACACACUUACAUUGGCGUGCACUGCUACAACAGCACCUUGCAAAUAGCUUUUUGCAUGGAACAUUGCCCAGAAGAAAAGAGUGGCAUAUUGAUAUGUGCACACCCAUUGUCCAGACUGUAGUAUCACAUGCACAGUCAUCACGCCUCUGUGAACAAGGUCCAGGGAGAAAAGCGGGGGGACAGAUGGUUUUAAUGAUGAAAAUACUGCUGGCCACCACAGGCAUCGUAAUCUGGUACUUUACUUAGUGUAUUUCCUGGGGUCUGCAACAGCAUGUUUUCACCGUCUUUGAAUAUGUUAUCAAGAAAGAUAGCUUGAUUGUACUUUACAGCUCAGGAUAAAAGGGUAAUAUUGUUGUAAAAUUGGGGUAACGUUGCCAUUCUGAGUUGCAAUAACCUGAAUGUCCCCCAGAGUUUGUGGCCUAGAGUUACGCUGCACCUGUAAAUCAGAGCUGUAAAGUGAAGAACCACAAAUAUUUCCCAGGAUUGAAGGGAUGCAUAUUAGCAUUAAAUACAUGUUUCACUGCUAUUCUGACAAACUUGAAGAAUAAUGUCAUUGUACAGACAGAUCAUUAUGAUGACAAUUGGUGCCAUAAUUUUACAAUCAAGGCUAUAUUACUGACGGA